GACUUGAAAUGACUCGUAUUCUGUGUUUUCUGGGCUUUGAAUCCUCGUUUAGCUCUAGAAACGUCUGCAGAAGAUGAUGAAACCGUUCUGGUCAAAGCCAGAAUGAACUCCUGACCUCCUGUGACUGUUUGAUCACAUCUGAGACAUUUACUCGUGUUUGUUAUUCCAGGAUCUACAAUAAGUCACAUUUAUCUGUCAGUUUCCUGUUUGUUCAUGUGAUGGAUGACCAGCGAUCUGUCGCGCUGCACUUUUCUGAUGAAAGGAAAUCUCUGCCAAUGGCUAACAGAGCAGCCACACCUCUGUGUCCUCUGGCUGAUUCAUGCAGAGGUGAGUUCUCCUCUAACGUGGGUAUAAAAGGAGGCAGGAAUCCGUCUGCUGCUGAGCAAACCUCGUUUCCUGUCAUCCUCACCGUCCUGCUGCGAACCGCCAUGACGUUCGUUCCUCCUCCAGGUUACCAGCCCGUCUACAACCCUAGAAUUCCGUAUCUCGGACCGAUCCGUGGAGGCCUGAGAGAAGGGAUGUCCAUCUCCAUCCUGGGCUCCAUUCCUAAGGACAUCUCCAGGUUCCACAUCAACCUGCGGUGCAGCGAGUCCGAGUCGGGCGACAUCGCCCUGCACUUCAACCCCCGCUUUGACGGCUGGGACAAAGUGGUCUUCAACGCCUUCAAGGACGGGUCCUGGGAGUCGGAAGAGAAGAUCCGCAGGAUGCCCUUCACCGAGGGCCACGCCUUCGAGACGCUCAUCGGGAUCAGCGCAGAGGGUUACGAGGUUAAAGUCAACGGGAAAGAGUUUCACACUUUCAAACACCGUCUACCUGUGCAGCAGGUCCGUGCUAUACAGGUAGAAGGAGACGUUUCCAUCCAGAGCAUCAUCGUUAUCGGGGGAGGAACAGCAGGAGGAAGUCCAGGAUGUGGAAUGGGGGGAGGAUAUCCUGGAGGAAUGGGACAGGGAGGGUACCCUGGAGGUUCCAUGGGGGGUGGAUAUCCAGGAGGACAAGCAGGAGGUUCAGGGGGAGGAUAUCCAGGAGGCUGCGUGGGCGGAAAGGGGCCCGGAGGUUUUCCAGGAUCCAAUCUGCCGGGUUUGGGCGGACAGCCGAUUCACAACCCAGUUGUUCCUUUCUCCACCAUCAUCCCUGGAGGAAUGCACCCUAAGAAGACCUUCAUCAUCCGAGGCCAGGUGCCGUUCGGAGCGGACAGGUUUGCCAUCAACUUUGUGGCGAGCAGGUCUGGAAACAUGAUCCUCCACCUGAACCCCCGGCUGAGGAAGGGGGAGGUGGUUCGCAACAGCUUGAUUGGAGGCGACUGGGGCAAAGAGGAGCGCCAGCUCAGCACCAACCCCUUCAGGGAGGGGCAGUUCUUUGACAUGUCCAUCCGCUGCGGAAACCAGAAGUUCAAGGUGUUUGUGAACGGAGAGCACGUGUUCGACUUCUCUCACCGGACGUCCUUCCACGAGAUCGACACUCUGGAGAUCCGCGGCGACGUGCAGAUCUACUACGUCCACUUCUAGGACACAGUGUUGCAGAGCCCGGAUCUAGAAGUUUUGUAAAUCAGAAAAACGUGUGAGGAAGCGGUUGUAAAGCAGAGAUGUUUGGCCUGACGCCGUCA